AAGCUGACGCCGCCCGAAUAAUACUGAGUGAUGCUAGAGCCUCUUGUGUUGACCGCGGGAAUCCCUCUACUCUGAUCGGAUUCUGAGCCCAGAAGGGGGCCGGACGUCGGCUCCGGAGUGCAGAGGAGUCGUUUAGUGCGGUAAGGCCCUAAAACAUCCAUUGGCGCGCGGUCUGCUCUCAAGAUCUGCAGAUCUUCAAGACCCACAUACCCCGCACGCCCCCUAGGCGUGUGGAUCUCGUAGGAGGUUUAACACAGGAGGUUCAGUUUUUGGUUUGAUAUCUCUGUGGGAUCCCUGGUACCAAUAGUAUUUGAGACGUCGUUUAUAAAAAGUGGAAUAAGUUGCGAUAUUAAAUGGUAAACUAGUCAUAGAUUCUAUAUAUACUUAUAUUAACACAACAUGACAUUUUUUUCCUCUUCCCCUAAAAGUUAUCGGUUAGAUUAUUCACUGCAGAUAAUUAUGACGUACAGGCUAGUUUGCCUUUGCCAGUCCAACUUGACAUUUCAGAAGAAAAAUUGUUUAUUAAAAUAAUGCAAAUUGCAAAUAUUGCAAUGCAAGUAACAUCUAAAUUUAAUUGAAAUAUUACUUAAUACAUACUUACAGUGCAUGUAUUUUUAUUAGCCAAUGAAGAUAAGUUGUACAUUUAAUAAGCUUCAUCCGUGUAAUACACAAAAUUUUGUAUACUGUGUCUAUAAGCGAUAUUUAAACAAUCACUGAAAACAUGUUAUUUAACUUGUUGUUAGGACAAACUUUAUAGAUGGAUAUAAGUGGUUAUAAGACCGGGACGGGGUCCCAGAGCUCCGAUAGCCCGGCCUCUGUUGGUAGCGGAUCUACUUCUGGCUUUGAAAAGAAUGCAUUCUCUCCUCUACCAUCUCCAAAUCUACCGGCUCCGACGCCGAAAGGCGUUGAGAAUGCCAAGAAACGACUUCGUGCAUUCUCAAUUAUGCAAAAAAAGACGCCUCUUUCGACAAUGCCAGUGCCGAAAGCUGUAAAUGCUGGAGGUCCUACAGUGUACAUCGGGAAGUUAAGUAGUGUGAAAGUAACAGCAAAACCUGAAGAUCCUGCAGCAGAACAGAAAAAACCUCCAAAACCACCUAAGCCUGGAUACAUCAGGAAACUUAUACAGGCGGAGCAUAUGGACCAACAGAAGAAGACAUUGUCAGAGAUCGAAGACAUGAAGAGGAAAAUGGAAUUAGUGGAGCUCGGUAUUCCCCUCGGCCUCAUCUGUCCCAGCUCUAACAACGACAAGGCCAUGCCGACUAAAGCUAUGCCCCCAAUCAAAUCAUUUAUAGCUCGCACUAAAUGCACGUCUCCGGUACGCUCUCGAUGGCGGCACGUGUCGCGUCAAGGAAUAUGCACGUGCAUCGCACACUUCAAUCCAGCAAAAGUGGAUGAAAUAAUUCAAGAAGCGAAGAAGGCUAAAGCCGAAGGUAAACCAUUCAAGUUUGACUAUCAGAAAUUGUUACCUGGUUACGACAACCCGUUUCAAAGGAAGAAGGAUGACCCUCGUGAAAAAGAAAAAAGACCAGACGAUCGCAGCAAGACUAAAGACAGAAGAAGUGACAAGUUCGAUAAGAGAUCCAGCAAGAAACAUGACAAAUACAGGGAGGAGAGACCUAAAAGUGGAGAUAAAAAAGAAAGCGUGAAGAAAGAGAAAGGUCAGAAGGAGACUGAUGUUAAUCUCAACGAUUAUCUCGUGUGCGAUAGCUGGUCCCUGGACAACGAAGAUAAGAUUGUAAGUCCUAAAGUAGACGAGAAGCCGAAACCUAAAUCCAGUGAUUCUACUCCAAAACCCGAGGAUCCAGUGGAACAAUUGAAGGAGAGCAUCCAAAAGACUUCACAACAAGAAACCCCCAAGACCGGUACUAAGAAAAUAGGGAAGCUAAAACCAGUUAUCGAUUCUUUCGAAUACGAAAUCGAUCCCAACGAGGAGGCGCUCGAUAUAUUCGACGAACAAAUCGAAUUGGAAAAGUUUUCCAAGCCGACCGCGACCAGGACAGACAAAAGUCCGAUCAGACUUAACUUAUACGACGACGAAGUCACUAAGGACGGGGCGAACGACGAGUCCUUCCUGCAGUCGGUCAUCAACGAGAUACAGGACGAGGAGAUCAACGAAGACUCCAUCCAGGACAAAGGCCUGGUCGAGUACGAAAUAUCGCCCAAAGACGACGAGAGCCCGAGGGCCAACCGGUCCGUGACCCCCGAGGUCAAGGACUCCGGCGCCAGCCAACGGAGCGACUUCUCAGACAGCUUCAAGUCGAUGGAGUCCGGCUACAGGUCCACUGAGUCUGGCUACCGGUCCACGGAGAGCUCCAGGUCCUACCGCAUGUCCCUAGACAAGGACUUCGAGGAGGCUGAAAACAAUAUGUCCAAAUCGACAGUCGACUCCCUCGAGGUCUGGAGCUUCGUGCUGAAGAUCUGUCAGCCGCUGUUGUUCCGACACGACAAGGAUAAAUGUUACAAAGAAACCCAUGCCGUGCCUAAGGUGUGGUUCGCUGAGAACCCGAAGACGUGUCGCUGCGUGAAGGACCGCGCCGUGGUGUACGAGGAGCUGGAGACGUGCAAGAUGUCGCUGGUGGACCGCGUGUACGGCUGCGACCAAAUAUCUGAUUUCCCGUGUCCCUCGUCGCGCGAGUGGUACCCUCCCCUGCGUCCCCCCGCGGCCUCCCCCCCGCCCCCCGUGCCGCGCGCCCCCCGCGCCCCCUGCGACGACUGGGAGUCGGAGGAGCAGCCGGCCCCCCACACCCCGCAGCGUACCGAGACCGUGUACCUCGACCGGGAGUAUCAGAGGUUCAUGCAAGCGGUGCUGUCGGACGUGUCUGAGCAGAAAGCGGACGCGCCCCGCAGCACCACGCCCGUCGCCGCCGACGACAAGAAGAAGAAGCCGCGCCUCAACAGCGAGGGCUGGAGCCAAGAGUCUGACGUAGACGACCAGCCGCCGAAAAGCAAAAAAAUUAAAUUCGACAAAGAAAAGGUGAAGACGCGUAAAAGGAAGCACUCGACGACCUCCGUCACCGACAGCGACGACCAGGCCGCCAGGCGGAAGAAGUCUCUCAAGAAGAAGGAGAAUAAGAAAGAAAAAUUGAAACUAUUGAAACGGAAGAAAUUAGGAAAGAAAUAUUUGAAGAAGUUAAAAGAAAAACAGAAGAAAAGGAAGAAAGCGAAGAUCAGUGAUGAAUCUGAAGAGGACGAGGAAAAUGAGAGAGAGAAAAAGAAGAAAGAUAAGAAACGUAAAAAGAAAAAGCUCCAAAAGAAACGCAAGCACCGCAAGAAGAAACGCUCCAAGGCGGCGUCGUCCAGCAGCAGCUCCUCCUCCAGCUCAGACUCCUCCAGCGACUCCGACUCGGACUCCGACGCCAGGAAAAAGAAAAAGAAGUCCCAAGGCAAGAAGAAAAGGAAGCAGUCCAGCUCUUCCGCGCGCAGCGACGAGCUCUUCGACGUCAACAUUCUCAACAACAUCAAGACCGAGCGGAUGACGGACGACGAGACCUUCUCGCCGCGCAAGAAGCCGCGCGAGAUCAUCAACGUCAAGGAAUUGCAGAGCGACUUCGUGGGUAACAACUUGCACAUCAAGAGGGAGCUGGAGCUCCCCCCGCCACCCCUCCCCGCACCUCACAGCGCCGAGGACAAGGCGGCAGGGCUUCAGGCUUCAGGACAGGAAGAAUUAGAAAACAAUACAGAUGUUGUAGCAGAAAAAGAAAGCCCGCACGAAGAGGUUCUCGAGAAAGUACAAGAUCAAAAAGAAAAUUUAGAGGAGGAGAUAGUGGAAAAGAUUGAAGAGGUUGUUGAAAAGAUAGAAAAAGAGAAAGUGGAAAAGAUGGAAGUGGAACCCGUGAAGGAAAUCGAAAUUUGUUCUGAAGAGAAAAUUGAAGAGAAGGCGGAGGAAAUGAAGAUCGAUCCACCGCACCACCCCUCGCCGCCCCGCGACCCGCGACUCGCCAACUCGAAACAGGCCACGGCAAAGAGGCCUUCUAACCUGGGCGAAAAAAUUAAAGUUCAUCAAUCGUUGUCCACGGACAACACCGCUGAUAGAUUCGCUAACUAUGACGUCCGCGGGGAGCGGCUGCCCGACGAUAAGUUCGCUGGCUACGACGAAGGGAAUUACGAAAUGUUGGAGCAAAUGGCAAUGGCGUACCAGAGCGAUGUGUCCAAGGAAAGCGCGGGGCUGUCGCAGCGGAUAGAGACGGUGGUGGGCGGGAGGCGGGGGGAGAUCAAGUGUGACUGGCGCCGCGACCAGCUCACUGAGCGCGCGGGCCACCCGGACCUCUCGCACAGACCCUCCAGGUGGGGUGAGUACAGUACAGUGCACUAGUAGAGACAGGGGAGG